AUGAAUUCUUGCCACUCGCAGAGUCUGAGUGAACAUGUGCUUCAGCAUCACAAACAAUCGGUGACGGGAGUACGCUUCAACCAGGCCGGCAAUCGUCUGGUGACCUGUGAUGCCAAAGGUGAGAUCUGCCUCUGGGACUUGCGCAAACUGCCGCCUCAGCCACCAGCCUCCUCGACCUCCGGAGACGGUCCACUUUUGCGUAUGCUAGUCUGUCAGACUGGCCGGAAGAGUGGUGCGUCACAACCAGGGUCGGCCAAUGCUGUCGUGUUGGACGACACUAGCGCCUGUGUUGCCGUGGCAUGCGGAGACGGAAUUGUGCGUCUGAUCGAAGUGGCAACCGAGAAGGUGAGUAUCAACGAUGGGGAGGUUAGAAAGAUGAUGAUUCACAAAAUGAUGCUAUUUGUACAAAAAAUGUUUCAAAUUAAUGCCAACCCAGAAAGUCAUAGGUGA